AUGGCGCCUAUCUUGGAAAAGAUUAUGACGGGGAAGGAGGCGUCGCCUUUUAUCCUCGUCAAGGACACUCUUGAACAGUCCGGACAGGUCCUCGGUCUCGAACUCCUCAGCAACUCGCCCUCCGACCACGCUAUCAUUCUCGUAUGCGCAGAGACAGCACCAGAUCGACUCCUGCCUCUCGUCAAGGGAAACCAAAAGAAGGCGAUUGUAGACUGCUACUCGAACCCUCUUGGAUGGGUCAAGGAUACCACCUCUACAACAAACACAUCUUCAAAUCGGGACGCGCCCUCGGACAACACGACAACCGUAACAUUGACUUUGCGCAAUAUCAGGAAGGCUACCAAAGUCAUCACAGACCUUAUCACCUCUCAACGUUCAAACUUCACGAUUUACUUUGAUUCCUUGUCCCAGUUCUUGAUCGCCUCGGUCCCGGACACCUUCAAUUUGCUCCGCUCCAUCACCGCCCUCCUCACAGACGCAGACUCCUACCUCUCCAACUCUUCGUCCAAACCCCAAGCCUCAAACUCCCUCGCCCACAUCGCCACCACCCUCAUCACCCUCAAAUCCAGCGAAGCCCUCCGACAGGAUCAGGAGGAUUUCCGGAAGGGUACUGUGGCGGCCAAGGAGUUUUGUUAUCUGACUGUGGAUGGCAAUGCAUGGGAUUCGGCCGUUUGUGAAGUGGAACAUAAACGCAAGUCUGGAAAAGUCGCCAAGGAGACGAAUGCGUACCAUCAGGGAACGCCGACAGGAAACUUGACGGUCGUCAAUGUCUGGGACGUUGUUGGCGACUUGCCCGAUAUCGAAAAGAUGGAUCUGGAAGAGUCGCAGACCUCUGAUCCGGCCGCAAACUUGUCGUUCAAUUUGAACUUGACUGAGGAGCAGAGGAAGGCCAAGAACGACACUGUCUUGCCAUACCUCAAAACACAAGAAUCAACGGGAGCGAUCUACUAUGAGCCAGACGCAGCGGACGACUUUGACGACGAUGACCCAGAUGACGAUCUCACCAUCUAA